AUGGCUCCCUCUACUCUGCUGGCAUCCCUACUCGAGAAGCGCCAUGGAGGUGAUGCUCCUGAAAGCGCACUCGAAGCUUCUGGCAAGAAAAUGGACAUAUCGACCAUGGUUGCACUCACUAUCGGCGUGCUUGCCCUUCUUGCAACAAUCUUCCAGACAUUACAGCAGUACCUCGGUACAGCAGAUGGGUACAGACGUUGCGGACCGGGAGUGAUGGGUCCUUGGGGAAANAAGUCCCGACUUCGCUGGCGAUGGAGAGAGUUCCGGUUUGAAGUUCUCUAUUGUGUUCCCUUUGUCGAGUAUGGUCUGCCUGUCAAAAGCGAAGAUGGAUCACGAAUCAUCAGACCCUUCUGCGACCAGCCAGAGCUCACCACCUUCAAUCCCAAUCCACCGGAGAAGCAAAGAGAUUGGAAUGCUGAGUUAGCAGGAUGGGUCCAUCUGAUGCACAACUUAGGCCUACAUGAUCAGUCUGUUAGGCAGCGCAUUGCUCCUGUCAGUCUCCGUGAUGCAGGACGCAUGGCCUACAUCGACUGGAUCCGAUGUGCACACGUGGAACAGGCCUAUCGCAGCUGGGACUUUGUGCCAGACGAUGUUCUACGACCACUAGCCAUCACAACGCUCUCGGGUCUGGCAGCAACUACUCCUGAAGGCAACCAUCAAGUCAUCACUUCAACCGUCAUUCGAGGCAUGGGUGUCAUCAUUCACUACCUUCGAGACCCAGAGUUAGACUUGGACGUUCUUGGCCAGAAGCAUCUCUAUAACACUUCACCAUUGAGCCAAGCUGAUGAGUUGCUGUUUGGAAGAAUCGGUCAUACCGACAUGUUCAACCUUCAUCGCGGGCUGCCACAUCUGAUACUGCAUAUCGGUACCCUGGCUGAUGUCUCAUCCACAUUGCCUGCACUCUUCUCUGAUUCGUCAGCUGUCGACAGCAUUGUUGCUACUCUUCGCGCUCGAAGCGAUUUGGGAGACAAGGACUGGAUGGAGCCUGUCAAUGAUAUUGUUGCAUUCCUUACUCCCUUUCUGGGUAUCUCUUCUGAUGCUCGACCUAUCAUACCCUGGCCCAAUACAUCGGCUCGUGGUAUGACCCAUACAGUCUUCAGACCUUUUCGAGACGAGCUCACCACACUGCUGAGCCGCAGAGGAAGCACUGUCUCGGCAGAGUCUCACAGAGUACUCCAUCUCUACUCAGGCUUAGAAGCUCGCUUCAAUCAUCCAGCAGCUCAGCGAGACAAGACUUUCAGUUGGGAGAUACCCAAGCUCACAUUCAAGAGCGAGUUGGUGACAUCUGAGGCAUAUGAUGCGAGGGCAAUCUUUAAUGUCCUGAGUGAGUGCGAGUCGAUCCUUCAAGCAAACCCAAUCAUCCGCGCUGGCAGAUAUCACGUCCUUGUCGCGCAACAUCUGAUCUACUCAACACGCAUUGAGGCUUCAGCUACGGAUGGGGACAAGAUGAAGCGCAUGUUCGCUGCCCUUCCGGAAAUGGCGCGUGCUCUGAGGGCGGAGUGGGACGUUACAGGUGAACUUCUGGAAGCGCUUUCUUCAGCUACAGGUGAGGAAUUGGGCGAGAAGACAGAGUGGGUGACGAGGCCUAGCGAGAUGCAGGCCGAGGACGCUUGGUUGGCGAUGAUGCUGCGAGCCAUGUGUUGGCAGAGGCUGCAUGUGGUCCAGCCGGGCAUGCCUUUGCCCGUAGAGUACGCGAGAAGUAUGCUGCCUGUGUUUAUAACCUAA